AAAUUGGGUGCGGGAGACAGCCUCCGAUAUAUUUAGAGGGAAAAAGAAAACAACCUCCCGAUCUUAUUGGCCAUUCAAAAUCAAAUAACCAUCACAAUCAAAAAAAGACUGAAAAUCUCUCUCUCUCUUUCUCUCUUUCGUGAUUUCAUCUCUCGCUCUUGGGGUUUCUUUCGGCUGCGUAGUUCUUCGAAGGGUCAAAUUGAAUCUCUCUCUCUCUUUGGAUUUGGGUUACCAUCUUCCAUGAUCCCAUGAAGUUGCUGUAGGUAGAGUUACAGAGAGCUCCAAAUCGGACUAAACGCCAUGAUUUCACCGUAACUUUAGAGAGGAAAACAUCGCAAUCUCUCCUGCGUUGGUUUCUGAAAGCAAACGUAGGGCGGGGCCGCGGGAUCAGAGGCAGAGAGAUGCCUAGUGUAGCUGUGAAGGUCUACAGUGUAUUCUUCAAAUUCAUGCUAAAACACCGGUUGCAGAGCCAUAUCCAAAGCUCUUUGGAUGAUGAUAACACUUUCGGUGUCACCACGCGGCCUGAAGAAUCAGUCGCCGCUGCUAACCCUUCUUUCACCGAUGGUAUUGCCACCAAAGACAUUCACAUUGAUCCUUUCACCUCUCUCUCCGUCCGUAUCUUCCUCCCUGAGACCUGCCUCGCUGCAUCAGAUUCAGAUUCCCAAUCCCAAUCUAGGGCUAGGAACAAGGCUUCUGUGACGUCCUCGGAUUCUUCAGGUUCUUUUAGCAGUGCCCAUAUCAGCCUCCACCGUCGCAACAGCUAUGGCCCAUCCACAUCUUCCAAGCCUGCUGCCAAUCUGGCUGAGCAGAUCCGCAGGAGCAGCUACGGUGGUAGCAACGAUGCUGAGAGCUUGAAUUCGAAACAGGAGACGGGAUCUUACAGGGGCUAUUCGCCGUCCCUUGACAAUAACAAACGCUCUUGUCGGAAAUUGCCAGUUAUGUUGCAAUUCCAUGGCGGAGGGUUCGUCGCUGGCAGCAAGGACUCAUCAGCCAAUGAUUUCUUCUGUAGACGGAUAGCCAAAUUGUGUGAUGUGAUUGUCAUUGCGGUUGGUUACAGGCUAGCGCCUGAGAACCGGUACCCGGCAGCCUUCGAUGAUGGAGUGAAAGUUUUGCAUUGGUUGGCGAAGCAGGCCAAUCUGGCGGAGUGUGGCAAGUCCCUUUUGAGUAAACGUGGUGGCGGUUCUGAUAUCCAGAGAUCUGAUAUUAAUCGGCAUAUUGUUGACGCAUUUGGUGCGUCUAUGGUGGAGCCUUGGUUAGCUGCCCACGGAGAUCCCACCAGGUGCGUACUCUUGGGUGUGAGCUGUGGUGCAAACAUUGCAGACUAUGUGGCUCGUAAAGCUGUGGAGGCUGGCAACCUUCUGGAUCCUGUCAAAGUGGUGGCACAGGUCUUGAUGUAUCCCUUCUUCAUUGGUAGUGUUCCCACACGUUCGGAGAUCAAACUAGCAAACUCUUACUUCUAUGAUAAAGCUAUGUGCAUACUUGCAUGGAAACUAUUCCUAUCAGAGGAGGAAUUUAGUCUGGACCAUCCUGCUGCCAAUCCUCUCAUUCCUGGAAGGGAGCCACCACUUAAGUACAUGCCCCCAAUGCUAACAGUUGUUGCAGAGCAUGACUGGAUGCGAGACCGUGCCAUUGCAUACUCAGAAGAGCUCAGGAAGGUUAAUGUUGAUGCUCCUGUUCUCGAGUAUAAAGAUGCUGUGCAUGAGUUUGCAACGCUAGAUAUGCUCCUUAGGACCCCACAGGCCCAAGCCUGUGCAGAAGACAUUGCGAUCUGGGUCAAGAAAUAUAUCUCACUCAGAGGUCAUGAGUUCUCCUAUUGAGUCGAUGUAAACAAAUGCAGCGACAGUUGCAUCAGGAUCAACAUUUCUGUGUAUUCUUUUGCAAGGGGAGAGCAUCACAAUCCCUCAUAUUACUUGGGUGUCCUGUACGUGGCGUGUGUUUUCCUGCCAAUCUUACUGUCAUAUAGCUUUAGGUUUGUUCCAAUUCUGCCCCCCAUCCCUUUGCUCCUGUCUGCUCAUUUUGUAAGAAAUAUCGUCAGAGAUUAGGAUGUGCUUGGACAGUGAGAUGUAUUGCCCUCCAUGUUCAAGUUCAUGUUCUUCAGAUGUUCCAAGAACAUCUUAGUUCUUGCUUUCUCCCUUCCCUGUGAGAUGUAUUAUUUGUCAUGAAUAGAAUUUAAUUAAUUGAUUAUUUAUUUCUC